AUGGUGUCUGAGGGCGCGGAGUUGGCGACUUCUCUUCAACUGUGGUCCGCAUGGACCCCCGCAUCCAACGACACUUUCUUCCCCACGGCCACCGCGCAUCCGCUGCUGGAUGGCCUUGACGUGGGCUCGUUUCCGCUGACGAAGCUGGCGACGGCGUUGGUGGCGCAGACGAUAACGCGCUGCAAGGACGAGUUCAAGUUUCACGCGACGCUCAAGAAAGACGCCGUCGAGACGUACCUGAGAGACGUGUACGAGAGUCUGCAGUGGAAGAAACUCGGUUUUUCUCUCUACGCUCAAGUCUACCCCGAGAUAGUGAGAGACGCGAAAACUGGAAUAUGUUUCAAAGAUUUCCUCGGGGAUGAGAGCCAUAUAUGGGCCGAGAAACUGAUCACUCACAUCACGGAGCCGUCGUGGACGAGAGAGAUGCUAAAGCUGAUAGUAAAGGGGAAAUACUCCGAGGAGGAGUAUAACCGCGACAUGAACGUGUUGUUCGUCAAGCUCCACCUCCUCGACCCGCAGUCGGUGAUUCCCGCCUUUCAGUUCCUACUAAACCAGAGAGCUUUGCCCGCUGUGAACCUGGAACUGGCUACCCGGAACUAUUUGGGCGGGCCAUUAGACCAUCACGUGAUUAAACCGGAAGUGGAAACUGCCCUCCGGAAGCCGAGUGUUCCCCUGAACGUGUCGCGACUCAGCCUGGACGAGGUGGAGAUAUUCUACGGGGUGCGGGUGGACGAGUUCAUUGUCACAGAGUGUCGAAAUAUCGGGUUCUGGUCGGGCAGGAGACCAGAGAACUAUAAAAUGUCAAAGCUGAAAGAGAGGUGCGCCAUUAUGUAAAUACAGUAUUAUUUAUUUCGAAA